CUUUCUGAUCCGAAGCUACGAACGAUCUACGAUACGGUUGGUUUGCAAGGCUUGGAAUUGAAUGGGUGGGAGUUGAUAGCACGAACGGACAAUCCGGAAAACAUCAGACGAGAAUAUGAAUUUUUGAAACGAUUGCGAGACACCGAAACUAUGCUUCAGAGAGUGCACCCUUCGAGUUCAUUCGCAUGUAAGGCAUCGUUUGUUGGACUAUUCGCUGGCGAUCCAGAAGAUAGGUGA